UUUACACACAAAAAGAUAUUUUGAGACUCGGAUGGAUAAUAGCCACGGCUGAAAUUUCCCGACAGCAAAACGGCGUCACUACCGGAGGCCGUUGAAACCCUUUCCAAUCAUCCCUCACCGAAAACAAAAUGAACGGCGAAGAUCCAACCGACGGUCACGAUUUCAUCAGCUCUCUACCAGACGCGAUUCUCCACCUCAUCCUCUCCUCAAUUCCGACAAAGUCAGCGAUCAGAACCUCCGCCCUGUCCAAGCGAUGGAGACACGUCUGGUCCGAGACCCCUUCCCUCUCCAUCGACAGCCACAGAGUGGUCGCCAGAUCGAUAAACAAAACCUUAUCCACCUUCUCGUCUCCCAAAGUCGCGACCUUUCACCUCCGAACAUGCUUAGCCAAUAGGAUCCAGCACGUCGACACCUGGAUCGAGUUCGCCGUCAACCGUCACGCGGAGAAGCUCUCUCUCGAGUUUCGUGAUACACGUGUCAGGGACUACGACUUCCCCGACUCCUUCUACGCCAACUCUACCGUGAAGGAGCUCUUGAUCGAGUCUGGAUCCGUUGUGAUGAAACCUAAGCGUGACGUGUCGUGGACGUCGCUAAAGAGCUUGUCUUUGAGUUACUGUAAGCUCUCCGACGACGCCCUUGUCAAGAUUCUCUCUGGCUGUCCGCUGCUUGAGAGCUUGGAGCUGAUGUUCUGCGACGAGUUUCGGUGUCUUGAUCUGAGCCGUUCGCCGCGUGUGGUGAGAUUGGAGAUUGAUCGGAGCGAUUGGUUUCUCGGACCGACGGAGAUUGUGGCGCCGCAUGUGCAUUGUUUGAGAUUGAGACACUCGAGGUUACCGUGUAGAUUAGUGGAUGUGUCUUGUUUGAAAGAAGCUAAUUUGAACAUUUACUUCUGCGAUCUUGGAACACUUACUGGUGAUUUUCUUCAAGGGAACGUGGUGAAGAUGCUGGCGAAGUUGCAGAAUGUUGAGAAGCUUACUGUUGGUGCUACCUUUCUCCAGAUGUUGUCUCUUGCGGCGCUCUGUGAUGUACGUUUCCCGACGCUCAAGGUCGAAUGUUUGACUCUUGAAACGAUGAUUGUUCGGUCUGUUGUUCCUGGUAUAACAAGGCUUCUACAGAACUCACCUGGAUUACGAAAGCUAACGAUUCAUACCGUGAAAUGCAGCAUCAUAUCGGAAGCACAUUUGAACAGUUACUUGCGUUCACAUAGCUUGAACCAGCGUCAAUGCUGGAGAUCAAAAGACACGGCCUUCCCUGGAUCUAUGGAGACCAUUUCAAUGUUGGUGGGGAAGUACGCAGAGUCCAAUCUUGUGGCUUCGUUCGUGGAGCGUUUAUUGAGAAACACAAGAAGUCUGGAAACAAUGGUUGUGCUCUUGGUGGGUUACCUUGAUGCAUCAGGUUUUGAAGAGCUUGUUGCAAUGGCUACAAGACUUUCUCACAAGCGCAAUGUCUUCAUUUCCAUCAAGCAAAGCCAUGUUCAAAAUGUAUCCAACACUUUCUCGUAAUUUACUUUGUAGCAUUAGUUAUUUAAGCAAAAGCCAUUUGUUAAAAUAGGUAUCAUCACGCUCUGACGUCAGAUUAAUUGUAUUUCGAUUUUUCUGUAGAAUUGUAUAGUAAGCAUGUUUUGCUCA